CUGUUUGUUUAACCUGACGACUGUGGAUUAGCGGGUGCAGCUUUCGUUAUAAAGCCUGACAUCGCCAGUGGAGCUGACAUAUUGUGUUCUUUAUUGAUAGCAUCAAGGAGCUUUCGUUUAUUUCGUCCUUUGGUGUGUUACCUGAGGUGGAUGUAUCGCCAGGUGCUCGUGCUCGCGGUCUUCGCCGCUAUUCAAUGCGGGUUUCCAGCAUCAUGCGCUCGUAAUUUAAAUUACAGACCAAUCAUCGGAAUUUUAGCCCAGGAAAACUUAGAGGACGACCCUCAUGCACAGGGAUCUUCCUAUAUCGCUGCAUCAUAUGUGAAACACUUGGAGUCAGCUGGUGCCAGGGUUGUACCCAUCCGCAUAAAUCGGACAGAGGAGGAGUAUGAAAGACUAUUCAACGCAAUAAAUGGUCUGUUGCUACCCGGAGGAAAUGUGGACAUUGAAAAGUCUCAGUUUACCAGAGUGUCGAAGGUUUUCUAUGAACUUGCAAUAAAGGCGAAUGAUGUUUCGGAUUAUUUUCCGAUCUGGGGAACCUGUCAGGGUUUCCAGCAGCUCACGGUUCUGACCAGCAACAAGAACCUGUUGACCUUGACCGACACCAAAGCAGUGACCCUGCCGUUGACCUUCAGCCCGGGAGCCCAAAACAGCAGGUUGUUCAAAAAAUUCCCAAAGGAUGUUCUUCAGUCUCUGGCAGAAGAAAACAUCACGUCUAAUUUCCACAGCUGGAGCCUGUCCAUGCAGAAUUACAGUGGCAAUGCCAAGCUGAAGCGUUUUUAUAGGGUCCUGACCACAAAUACAGACGGCAAGAAAGAGUUCAUUUCCACCAUGGAGGCGUCUCGAUAUCCCUUCUACGCGGUGCAGUGGCACCCAGAGAAAAGCCCGUUCGAGUGGAUUGAUAAGCCCGGUAUGGUGCACACCCUGUCAGCCAUCAAAGCCACUUUCUACACUGCCCACUUCUUUGUUUCUGAAGCAAUGAAAAACCAUCAUCGUUUUUCUUCGCAAAGUGAAGAGGAAAAAGCUCUGAUUUACAACCAUCAGCCCGUCUUCAAUGGCCUGGACAGCAUCUUCCUACAAAACUACUACUUCGAUUAAGUGU